AUGGCAACGGCACCGUCGGACAAGCAACCCAAACCCGGCUUGAACGUCUACGUCUCACCGGCGGUCAACCCUUAUAAGCUCCCGUUGCUGUGCGAAGAAUUGGGAAUACCAUAUAAUCCGAUCAGAAUCGACGCCAUGCAGCAAGAACAAAAGUCCGAGUGGUACACGAGGAUCAACCCGAACGGCCGCCUCCCUGCCCUCGUGCACGUGAAGGACGAUGGCGAAACGGUGCAGGUAUGGGAAUCGGCGGCCUGCAUGCUCUACAUCGUCGCAACGUUCGACAGGGACUACAAGGUCUCGUAUCCACCCACCAGCCAGGAGUACUGGCAGAUGGUGUCGUGGCUGACGUGGCAAGUCGCCGGCAUGGGACCGAUGAUGGGUCAGGCGGCACACUUUGUUCGAUACUCGCUCGAGGACGUCCCGUACGGCGCGCGAAGAUACGUCGCGGAAUCUCGAAGGCUCUUCAGCGUCCUAGAAAAGCAGCUCACCGAAAGCGAGUACCUCGUAGGCUCCAAGCUGACGGUGGCGGACAUCGCCAUCUUCAUCUGGGCAAUGUCCGCGUCGUGGUGCGGUGUCGACAUCUCCGAGUUCCCCGCGGUCAAGGCCUGGCGCGAUCGCAUCGCGCAACGGCCCGCAAUCCAGCGAGGUUUGAAGGUGCCCAUGCCGUAUCCGUUUACUGACGACAAGGUGACGGAUCCCAAGCGCAGGGGCAUCUACGAGAUGAUUCAGAAGCACGGGAAGGAGAUGAACAGGAGCGAGCUUGAAGAGCUGAUGAAGCCUCGCGGGCGUCUGUAGCGGUUGGGCAGGUUGGCGUGAAUGCACAAUGUCGUGCUUGAGGCAAGAGCCUUUCGAAACAUUGCAUCACCGUUGAUUAUCUUGACCACUUGUUAUGGAGUGCCUCGCCGCUCUCGUCCGUCUCUCGAGCAGCGAUGGUUGGGGGCUACCACCGUUCGCAAGGAGAGAUCUUUGACCGCAAGAGUGCCUUCACGAGGAUUGUUCUAUUUCUAUUUGGCACUACAAGGGGGUUCUGCGAUGCCGUAAACAGUACUGAAUAACUAGAACCACACCUUGUCAAUUGUGGCGGGGAAAAGGGAC